AUGGCGAACACGUCGGCGGAGUCCAUCUCCGUCGCAGACGAAGCACAUACACCCAUUGAAUCACCAACGAGCCCUACCGUCUCAUCUCCACCCUUUCAAGAGCAGCCUCCCAAGUUGAAGGGCAGACAAAGGUUCCUUGCCGGGCUACACCGAAUCUCCUCAUCUCCCUCCAUCGCACGGCUGAACAACUCGCGCUCGCGAACCUACAAUGGCACCGGAAAGGGUUCCAUAUCGUGCAUUUCGCUCAACUCUGCAAAUUCCGUUGGUGGUCCAUCGUUUGGCUCGUCCUUGACCCGAGAAUUCUCGACUGGGUAUGCGACUCCCAACUCAGGCGCGAACACGCCUGGCAUCCAGAUACCGAUGUUCGAUGAGAGGGCACGACUUCGCUAUGUUUCAGGUCAAGAUGGCAAGCUGUCUAUCGGCAUUCCUUCAGAUCUGCGCGCAACUCCAAGGACAGGCAUGACACCGGGCAUCGCCGAAGUUGAUGAGGACUACUUCUCGAGGCCAGUCACCAAGUCAAGGCAGGCUAGGAAAGACUUCAAUUUCUGGCGCGACCUGCCCUCAGAGCUCAAGAUGGAAGUCCUCAGCUACCUCGAGCCAAAAGAAGUUGUGCGCUGCUCAAGCGUGUCCAAGGUGUGGCAUGAGAUGUGCUUCGAUGGCCAGUUGUGGAGUAUCUUGGACACUUCCGGCUUCUACCAAGACGUUCCGGGAGACACCCUGGUCAAGAUAAUCUGCUCUGCUGGACCUUUCUGUCGAGAUCUGAAUCUACGUGGUUGCGUCCAGCUUCGAGAAAAGUGGAUUGGUAAAUCUGGAGUGACUGAGGCCUGCAAGAAUCUCGAGAACUUCUCGCUCGAGGGCUGCCGCAUCGACCGGGCCUCGAUCCACAACUUCCUGUACUCCAACAACAGACUGGUCCACUUGAACUUGUCUGGGCUGGCCGGGGCGUCUGAUGCAGGCAUGCGCAUCAUCGGCCUAAAUUGUCCCAAACUGGAGGUCCUGAACGUAUCAUGGUGCAACAACGUGACCACCAAAGGCCUAAAGAAAGUGAUCCAAGGCGCGCCCAGCUUGAAAGACCUGCGCGCCGGGGAGAUCCGUGGAUGGGAUGAUGUCGACUUUAUGCAAGACCUGUUCGAGAGAAAUACCCUCGAGCGCCUUGUGUUAAUGAACUGCGACACGCUGACAGACGAAUCUCUCGCUGUUCUCAUCGAAGGCAAGGACAGCGAGAUUGACUACAUCUCUGGUCGGCCCAUCGUACCACCCCGAAAGUUCAAGCAUCUCGAUCUGACGAGGUGCCGUGGAAUCACUGACCAAAGCGUUAAGACGUUCGUAAACAACAUACCUGAUAUCGAAGGCCUCCAACUCUCAAAGUGCAGAGGUAUCAUCGAUGCAACACUUACCGAGCUGCUGCCAACGACUCCAAUGCUGACCCAUUUGGACUUGGAGGAGCUCGAGGAGUUGACCAACGCUGUGCUCCAGACGCUAGCGAACUCACCUUGUGCGAAGCGCCUGCGACACUUGAGCAUAUCGUACUGCGAGAACAUGGGCGAUGUGGGCAUGCUUUCGGUGCUGAAGACCUGCACGAAUCUCCGCUCGCUGGAAAUGGACAACACCAGGGUUGGCGACCUCGUUCUGGUCGAAGCAGCGUCAAUGGUUCGGCAAAGGACAGCGCGAACGACAAUCCAAGGAGCCGUGCAGCCAGGUAAGCCGAUGUUCAAGCCAGCGAUUGGCCUCCGUCUGGUGGCGUAUGACUGCCAAAAUGUGACAUGGACGGGCAUCCGCGAAGUCCUGUCCCGCAAUGCCGACGUCCACAUCACAACCCAUACAACGCAGUUGCCUCCGCUCGAGAAGGCCCCGGAUUCGUCUGCAGAUUCGUCCGUCGAGAACUUGGCCUCAGCACCUCGGAUCCACAUCAUCCGCAGUUCGACCUUCCCCACCGAAGUCAUCCAGCUCAAGUGCUUCUAUACGUUCCAGCCAACAGUAGAGGAGCACACCAAGCGCGUAAUGCGAGGCGACUUCACGGCAGCCAGGCGCCUGGAGCGUAAGUGGGCCGAAUUCAUGAUUGCUUCAGAAGAAGCAACUGCCCUGGGUCCUCGCGUACGGCCUCGACAGCGGAGAAUGCGCGACGCACAACGAGAGCACGCGGAAGAAGAGGACAUCGGCGCCCCAGGCCUGGGUGUCGGUGGCGGAAGACGAAGGCGCGCCAGGAGCGGCGGGUGUGCGGUGAUGUGA